UGGAAUAGCCACGCCCUCGGAGGUCUGCAGACGGGCCAGACCAGGUCUGAAACAGGUCUAGUGCAGUCAUGGGGGUGGCUCUGGAACAGUUCUUCAUUUUCGUAGGGCUGCUGGUGUGCCUGGUGUACCUGGUGAAGUGGGUGAGAUUCUCCAGAUAUAUUUUCCGGCACUUCUGGAAAGUUUUGCCGAAGUCCUUCUUGAAGUCAAUGGGACCAUGGGCAGUGAUCACUGGAGCAGGAGAUGGGAUUGGGAAAGCUUAUUCAUUUGAGCUAGCAAGACGAGGACUCAACGUUGUGCUCAUCAGCCGGACACUUAAGAAACUACAGGCCGCUGCCACAGAGAUUGAGUGCACUACAGGGAGCAGUGUGAAGAUAAUACAAGCAGACUUUACCAAAGACAACAUCUACGAGUAUAUUAGAGAAAAACUUAAAGGCUUGGAAAUUGGAAUUUUAGUCAACAAUGUUGGAAUGCUUCCAAACCUUCUCCCGAGCCACUUCCUUGAUACACCAGAUGAGAUCCAGGUCAUAAGAUUUCUUUUGGCUCCCAGCGUGGGGAAGGUCUGUGAUACAAACUGCGUGUGGGGAUGUUGCAAGUGGGCGAACCUGAUGGAACCAUGGCUGCCACUGUGGGGCAAUGUCAUCCACUGUAACAUCACCUCAGUAGUGAAGAUGACACAGCUAAUUCUGAAACACAUGGAAUCAAGGCAGAAAGGUCUUAUCUUGAACAUUUCUUCCGGGGUGGCCCUCUUUCCCUGGCCUCUCUACUCCAUGUAUUCGGCUUCCAAGGCUUUUGUGUGCACGUUUUCCAAGGCACUGCAAGCAGAAUAUAAAAGGAAAGGAGUCAUCAUCCAGGUGCUGACCCCAUAUGCUGUUUCAACCCCAAUGACGAAGCAUCUACACACCAACAUGGUAACCAAGACUGCUGAUGAGUUUGUUCAAGAGUCACUGAAUUAUGUCACUAUUGGAGAUGAAACCUGUGGCUGCCUCACCCACGAACUCUUGCGGAGCUUCCUGAGCCUUGUCCCAUCAUGGGUUUUGUACAGCAGCGCAUUCCAGAAGAAAUACAUGGAGUACCUCAAGCACAAUUCCAACAUCAAAUAGUUCAAAUGAGCUGAUGUGCCAGCAUCAUUCUCUUUGCCACGUUCUCUGUUGGUUGCAGGAAACUAAGGAGCCCCGGCCACACCCCUGAAGCUGGAGAGGCUGUCACAAAUACAGUCUCUAAAUACAACUGUUUUGUGUUUUUCUUUGUUGUUGUUGUUUUGCCAUUUUACUUGGGUCUGGAGAUCUUUGGAAAGUGGUGGUGUAAACACAUGUUUUGUGCAAUAGAGUUUUCAGGCUUUGUGUGUGACAAGAUGAAGGUUUCUAUAGGGGAAACUGGAAGAAUUUCUAUGUGGGAUUAUAACACAAAUGUGGUGAGCAGAAAGCCUUCGAUACCGUGAAUAUUGAGAACAAUUAUACACGAGGCUCCUUUUAUAGCUAUGUUAAAGAAUGUUAAAAGUUACUAACUUUACCAAGACUGCUAUAGUUUGGAGCACUAAGACGGGCCUCCUCGGAGACCCGGGAAGCUCUAGGGGAAGGGGCUACAGCUACAUCAGGCCAGUUUCUGAGGCCUCCCAUUUCAACGAAUGCAGAACCAGCUUUC